GUCGUAGAACCUGGGAUGGGAGUCCUUGUGCUGCUUUAUGCAGAAGCUAAAGAGGACGUGGACGGAUCACCUAAAUUCGGACGCCAUUGGAAGCGUGCUACGCUCUGUAUAAAGACAGCCGACGGAGCUGUGAAGAUGCGAGCGCCCUCGCUCCUCCCUGCUGCGCCUGCGCCCGCGCCGCCGGCGGUGGCCGCGCCCUGCUCCGACCUCGCCUUCGCGUCGUGGUUCAUGCCCCUCCCACCUCCCCCUGUCGGCGGCCCCGGUGGCGCCUCUGCCUCUGCCCGUCCCACGCUGCAAGUAAGCCCCCGACACUUCGCAUCGCCGGAUCCAGAUUCAACACUGGCGGGGCAUGGCGGAUCUGGAGCCGCCGCCUCCGAGGAGUUCGUGCCCGACUCGCAGCCAGGCGCGUCGGCUCCGGGUCUGGCCCUGGCUGGGUCGGGGCAUGGCGCCGUCGCAGCCUCAUCCCCGCGCAUUCAAGUGCGGGCGGGCGCUGGCAUUAACUGUGGAGUUGCGGGGCAGCUGGCUUCCUCCUCCCUCUCUGCUUCUGGCGUUCCUUCAAUGACGGGCGCGGGGCGCGAGGCGGAGGUGACCGGCGGCUGGCACAUCGUCACGUCGCGUAAUGGCCCGCGCCGCCCGGCUUUGGCCGCUCCAGCAUUCAAGCCGGCGCCCAUCCCUCGCUGGCUUCAGGGGCGCUGCUGUCGGUGCCUCCACCGCGGGCACAGGGCUGAGAGUUGCCGUGACCCGAUCCGUUGCUCCCGUUGUCUACAAAAUGGGCACAAAUCGCGCGGCUGCAAGAACAACUGGAAGCCUCUGAGCUCUCUCGACAGUCUCCGUGUGCCCCCACCACCGCUGCCUCGCCCCUCUGCUUCUCUUGCAAACCGCGUGGCUCCGCCCCGUCUGGGCCGGGGCUGGGAGACCUCUGCUCAGCGCCCCCUGCUGCAGUCCAACGCAACGGCUGCCGUGAUGCAGCGCAUGGGCGACGCCGCGCUAAGGCCAGAGGAGGACUUCGUCGUCGUUCCGGCGACACCUGAGAUGCAGGCGGAGGCAGCCAUCCUCGCCUCCAACUGUGCUGUGGCCUGGCUGGAGGGGGCCAGGCAGGACAUCCCCUGCCACCAGGUGGCUGCCGAGCUCGCGACGGCCCUGGGCGCGAGACCGGCCGACGUCGAAGUUGUCAAGCACUACCCCGAGCAAUUUUUGGUGCGCUUCAUGCAUCAACACCACUGCGCCGAAGCCGUGUCUCGUGGUGAUCUUCGUGGCAAUGGCCACCGCAUCUUCGUGCGUGAGUGGAGGCUCGAGGCUCAUGCAGACAACGAAGACCAACUCCAUCAUGUCCGUCUCUGCUUGGAAGGCGUCCCGCUGCACGGCUGGAACCACUACAUCGCCACCUUCCUCAUCGGCCGAGGUUGCUCCCUCGACUACAUCGAGCCUCGAUCGCUCCGCAAAGAGGACACAAGGGACAUGGCGCUUUGGGCUUGGACGUCCAACCCCAGUGCCAUCCCCAAGGUCAAAUGGCUCACUCUCUCGGCCUGUGGUCACCGCCGCCGCGGACGCCGAGGUCUCCGUCACCGCGUGCUCAUCCACCUCGACCUCCACGAGGACCACUCCAAGGCCGGGGACGACGACGACAACCCGCCGCCACCGGACGUCCACGAGUUCACUUGGUACAGGAAGAAGGUGGACGGCACGUACACGCCAAGGGAGCGCGGGCCUACCCAGGGAUGUGCAGAACGCCGCGGUGGCAGGCGUGAAGACGAGGGCGACCGUGACGGCAGGCGUGGCCGUGACGAUGGUCGCGCACGGGAAGGAUGGGGUGCCAGGGUCCGACGCUCGCUCUCCCGAAACGCUCGGGACCGGCAUCAAGGGGAGGUCCAGAACCGUUCAAGGGACCGCUCCGGUGGCCGCCGGCACGCUGGCAACAGCCUGGCUGCUUCGCCCGCACCUAUGGAGGGGGCCUGCUGCUGCUCUGGUUCUCAGGGGCUCGGGCUCGGCCAGUGAUGCGCCUGCUCGCGCCCUCGAGCUGGUGGUCGUCCGUGGGCGCAGCCCGACGCGUCCGACAUCGCCACGCUCCUCCAGGCGCCGCUCGCAAGAUGAAAGGACCCCCCGGCGUCCCCUCCGCUCUCUCCGACAACCGUUCUGCCGCCAAGCCCAGUCUCCAAACGCGCUGAGGCCGCGGCUUCCCGUCUUGCGAGCCCUGCGCCCAGCCAGGCCAUGUUGGAGCUCUGCGCGCCCGCUUCGCUCGUGCUGCCUCUGCGGUCACCCUCUAGGCCGCCGGGGUUUCAGUCAUCCCCCACGCCGCCCCUAACUAGCUCUGGCGCCCUGCAGCGCACGCCUUCUCCUGCUCGAGGCCAUGCUGCAACCAGCUCUGGUGAUGCCAUGGAGCCUAUCUUUGUGCAACGUCAGGGGGGCAUUCUUGCUAUGCCCGACUCCCCCCCCCCCCUCCUAGGCCUCCUACGGCUCGUCGGAAGACUAUUGCUGGAGUAAGGAUUUCCAGCAAGGGGGGCCUCUCUCUGCAGAAAGUGAAGCGUGGGGGUCCCCGUGUGGCGGUUCCGGCAGCCAAGGUGGCGGAAAAGCUGGUCAGUCGGUCCCUGGGAAUUACCAGGGAUGGAGAGGACGUAACAGAGGCCACGCUUGCUGAUUUCACAGCCAAGUUCAAGGAGCAGCUGGCCCCGGAAGUGAUCAUUGCCAUGAGAGAUUUCUUCCACCUUGACGAUGCUGCUGUCAAUGGCGUGGAGGAUGCGCUGAUCGAGCAUGGCGGCGAAGGAACACUAGAGAUGAUCCAAGAGGAAGGUGUGGCCCUACAGAGCAUAGGAACACAGUAGGAAGCGGCUUGUUUGCCUAGUUCGUCGUCUUUGUGCAAUUUUAGUUGUCAUGUUAGCUAUCCACUUCCCUGUUGUGUGUGUUAGCCUGCUGGCUGUAGGAGGUUUUACUUUGGGUCUGUUUAGUGGCGCCUGGCUUGGCUUUGUGUUGUACCACUUCCAGUAUGGGUGUGUCCCAGUGGGGCUUGUAUCUCCCUUCGUUUUAAUCGUGUUGUUGCUGCUAGCUGUUUGGCAUCGUCAA